UCUGUUUGUACUUUGGAGAAAGAGAGAAAGAGAGCCAUGGCGCUUACGCAGGAGGAGGGCAACUAUUGCUUUCAGCUCCCGCCGCCGGUGGUCAUCGGGCCCGACGAGGAUGGUGUGAGAAAGGUUAUCGAGUACCGCAUAGAAGAUGGCAUGGUUUUAAAGGUGACCACGACCACCCGCUCCCGCUCUAAAAUCGCCGCCAAGGAGCACCGCCGUGGGCCAGGUUCGGCGACGCCACCAACGACGACGCCACCUUCCGCUCACGUAAUCCGCACCCAAACGUGGUCUCCUCCCAGGAAGUCUUCCUUGAUCGCCCUGGGAUUGGCAGCAGAGUUGCAAGAGGCGGUCCAGUGGCGGCCAUGCUUCCUGGCGAGCGAGAUGGUUUCGUGGUUUGCAGGACCUGCAAGGGUUACCACUGGACGUCAAGGUGCCCAUACAGAGACCUUUAUUCCCAGCUGGAAGCCUUGGAUGAGCAGCCAAAACCCGCAUGUGAAGGAGGUCGCUCCGCUGCAUACGUUCCUCCAAAGUUGAAGCCUGGGGGUGGUGACAACAUGAGGCGGAGGAACCACGACAACACCGUCCGCGUGGACAAUCUUUCGGAGCAAGUCCGUGAUCUAGACCUUCUCGAGCUGUUUGGCGCAGUUGGCCCGGUCCGCCGUGCACAUGUUGCCGUGGAUCGCAGGACAGGAUCUAGUAAGGGGUUUGGAUUCGUAGAGUUCGUCCACAGUGCAGAUGCUGAAAAGGCUAUCCACACCCUAGAUCGUUACGGCUACGAUCACCUCAUCAUCCGUGUGGAGCGACCAGAACGGCGCGUCGGCUGAGCUAAACCUCCGUGUGUUUGGAUGGCGGGCACUGGAAUCUUCGAGAGCUGGGCGUCGGCAAAAGCUUGGCUCUGAUCAGCCUCACAUCUUGUGUAGUAUAGCAUUCUCUUAGGAAUAGGAUUUCACCAAGUUAUUUCUCCUCUUUGAUUUGUC